GUGCUCAGGCGCCCCGACGGGCGACCGGCGGACAGGGCUCCGCGCGCGCGCUUCCUCGGCCCCGGGAAUCCGGGGUUGGCCUCACGUCAGGGGAGGGCUUGAGGACCUGGGCGGGCUCAGAGGUCCUGGGCGGCCGCGCGCGGGCCCUGUGUGUGCUGAGCGCCGUGACUCGCGGGGCCCCACGCUGCGUGUGUGCGUGGCAGUGGCCUCCGGGUGGGUGACAACGGCCGGUUGGCAGUCACAGAGGCCCUCGGUUGGCCCUUUCCUGCUUUAUAGCGUGCAAACCUCGCUGCUCUGGGGCCAAGGGACAAGUUGGAGCUGUUGAUCUGUUGCGCAAUUGUUAUUUUCCCCUGGGCGGCUUUGUCUUUGGAUUUAGCAUUACAGAAUUGCAGUCCCAGAAUGUGUAAGGCAGGAUAUUCUGUUCCUUGCCGUCAAGGAGUGACGACGACACACUGCCCACUUGGUGGAUUGCUGUGCACCCAGACGAGGCGGCACAAGUUUUGGAACACAUGUUUUGAGCACGUAGAAAGACAUGGAUUUGAUUGACAUCCUUUGGAGGCAAGACAUAGAUCUCGGGGUAAGCCGAGAAGUGUUCGACUUCAGUCAGCGACAGAAGGACUACGAGCUGGAAAAACAGAAAAAGCUUGAGAAGGAGAGACAAGAGCAACUCCAGAAGGAACAGGAGAAGGCCUUUUUCGCUCAGUUACAACUGGAUGAAGAGACAGGAGAGUUCCUUCCAAUUCAGCCAGCCCAGCACAUCCGGACAGAUGCCAGUGGCUCUGCCAGCUAUUCCCAGGUGGCCCACAUUCCCAAACCAGAUGCCUCGUACUUUGAAGACUGCAUGCAGCUGUUGGCAGAGACAUUCCCAUUUGUAGAUGACCAUGAGGUUUCUUCACCUGCAUUUCAAUCACUCGCCCUGGAUAUUUCCAGCCAUGUUGAAAGCCCAGUCUUCAGCCGUCCGGAUCAGGCUCAGUCACUGGACAACUCUCUGGAGACAGCCAUGACUAAUCUAAACAGCAUACAGCAGGACAUGGAGCAAGUUUGGCAGGAGCUUCUUUCCAUUCCCGAGUUACAGUGUCUUAAUACUGAAAAUAAGCUGCUGGUUGAGACUACCACUGUUCCCAGCCCAGAAGCCAAUCUGACAGAAGUUGACAGCAAUUACCAUUUUUACUCGUCCAUCCCCUCACUGAAUAAAGAAGUGGACAGCUGCAGUCCACAUUUCCUUCAUGGAUUUGAAGAUUCUUUCGGCAGCAUCCUCUCCCCGGAAGAUGCCAGCCAGCUCAACUCUUUAGAUUCGAAUUCCACAUUGAACACAGAUUUUGGUGAUGAGUUCUACUCUACUUUCAUAGCAGAGCCCAGUGGCAGUAGCAGCAUGGCUUCCUCUGCUGCCGUCAGUCAGUCACUGUCUGAACUUCUGAGCGGGCCUAUGGAUGGCUGUGAUCUGUCACUUUGUAAAGCUUUCAGCCAGAAACGCCCCGAAAGCACAGCGGAGUUCAAUGACUCCGACUCCGGCAUCUCACUGAACACUAGUCCCAGUCGAGCAUCCCCGGAGCACUCUGCAGAGUCUUCCAUUUACGGAGACCCACCGCCUGGGCUCAGUGACUCUGAGAUGGAAGAGCUUGAUAGUGCCCCUGGAAGUGUCAAACAGAAUGGUCCUAAAGGACAGCCAACACAGUUUUCUGGGGAUACAGGGCAGCCUCUGUCACCAGCUCUGGGGCACAGUCCUCCUGCGCAUGAUGCCCAGUGUGAAAGUACAACAAAAAAAGAAAUGCCUGCGAGUCCUGGUCAUCAAAAAGUCCCAUUCACAAAAGACAAACAUUCAAGCCGCUUGGAGGCUCAUCUUUCAAGAGAUGAGCUUAGGGCAAAAGCUCUCCAUAUCCCAUUCCCUGUUGAAAAAAUCAUUAACCUCCCUGUGGAUGACUUCAAUGAAAUGAUGUCCAAGGAGCAAUUCAAUGAAGCUCAGCUUGCAUUAAUCCGAGAUAUACGCAGGAGAGGUAAGAAUAAAGUCGCCGCUCAGAACUGUAGGAAAAGGAAACUGGAGAACAUAGUAGAACUGGAGCAAGACUUAGGCCACUUAAAGGAUGAAAGAGAAAAACUACUCAGAGAAAAGGGAGAAAAUGACAGAAACCUCCACCUACUGAAGAGGCAGCUCAGCACCUUGUAUCUUGAAGUCUUCAGCAUGUUACGUGAUGAGGACGGAAACCCUUACUCUCCUAGUGAGUACUCCCUGCAGCAGACCAGAGACGGCAAUGUAUUCCUGGUUCCCAAAAGCAAGAAGCCAGACACCAAGAAAAACUAGGUUCGGAAAGAUGGAGCCUCUUGUUUUGAGCUAGUGUUUGUUUUGUACUGCUAAGACUUCCUACUGUGAUGUGAAAUGCAGAAACACACUUUAUAGUUAACUAUGCAGAACUAUAGCCAAAGCUAGAGUAGAAAUAAUAUGAAACUACAGAGCAUUAAUGUCUCAAUGUUGAAUCAGUUUCAUUUUAACUCUGAAGUUAAUUUCUUAGGGCAUCAUUUGGGCUAGUUUCUGUGUAAGUGUAAAUACUACAAAACUUAUUUAUACUGUUCUUAUUUGUUACAUUCAUAGAUUUAUAUGACAUCUGGCUAAAAGCAAAAUAUUGCAAAACUAACCAAACCACUAUACUUUUUUAUAUACUGUAUGAACAAAAAUGACAUUUUUAUAUUAAAUUGUUUAGCUCUGACAAAAAUUAAAGGAGCUGGCACUAAUAAAGGAAUAUCAUGACUUAAA